UUAAUGCAUCAACAUCAAUGGUUGAACGAAUUGUUAUUUUAUUCUUUAACAAAGUGUAUUAUUAAAUAAAAUGGAGUCAAGAAACAAGGCGACAGUAUUUGGGCAGUGUAGAUGUUGUUUAAAAGAUGGAUAUCACAAAGACAUAAUGAAGGGCCAAUAUAAAAACGGAAGUCGAGAAGUGUUCCACGACAUAUUUUUGGAUUGUUUCAAUUUAUUUCUGUCCACUAGUCCUAAACUCAGCACUCUGAUCUGUAAAUCAUGUAUCUCCCGACUGGAGGAUGCGAAUGAGUUCAAAAAAUUGGUGACAGACACCGAAAGACAACUGCUAAAUAAGGUUGAUGACCAUAAGGACACCUUAUUUGUUAAUGUACUAGAUGCAGAGCUGGACAUCAAGUCAGAGCUGUCUUCAGUUGAUGUCAAGUUGGAACCACUAGAUGAUGAGCUUGAGGACGACCAUGCCGACGAUGCUAUGGAUGUUGACAUUCCAACUGAGCCACCACCCGACAACGACCGAAACAAUUUGGACCUGGACCUAAUAGAAGGCGAGGCGGACCUGCUCGCUCGCUUCUCACGACGCAGUCUACGGCUGCCGGCAACCACAGAAGCAUUAUAUGACAUUUGUCCGGGGUUCGCCAGACAUAUGGAACUGCUUAGAGGUAAAGUCGUCAAAGGAAAAUCAAUCGAGAAAAUUCUAAAAGACUCCGAAUUGAACAGCAGGACGGAACCAUCGAGACACGGUUUCGUCUCAGAGAAGUCUGCUCAGAUAGCCAAUGCUCUUACCCUGCUAGACCACUCUAACUUGACCCCUUUUAAGAGCAAAAACAGGACGGGUUUCCCUUGCUUCUACUGCCGGAGUACCUUCGACAACGUGGACAAGAUGAAGGAGCACCAACAGAAAUCGCACAAGAAAAGUGAGCUCAGAAAAUUGCUAUCAACGUACGGAGUGGAAAGCCUUGUUAUCUACGUCGAUAUAACUGAUCUCAAAUGCGCAAUUUGCGGGGAAAGCAUAAAUAGUAUCAGCGAACUGAAGUCACAUUUGAUCAAAACACACAAGAAGGAUUACUUGCAAGAGUUCACCGAUAGAGUUAUACCUUUUAAACUGUCGGAAACCAACACGUUUGAGUGCCAAAUCUGUGGGUUCCGUUUCGAGACGUUUGGUUCUAUAGAGCGACAUAUGAACGUUCAUUAUAGGAAUUAUGUGUGCAAGGAUUGUGGUACGGGCUUUGUGACAAAAUACAGACUGAAAGUUCAUAUUAAAAGUAUGCAUAUUGAAGGGACUUUUCCGUGUGAAGUGUGCAAAAAAGUGUUCACGACUCAGCAAAAGUUAAAGAAUCAUACGGACGCAGUGCAUAAGUUAGUGAAACGUUUCAAGUGUUCAAAGUGUCCGGAGAGGUUUUCGGAAUACUUCACGAGGCAGAAGCAUAUGGUCGCCGUGCACGGAAUGGCGCCUCUUCAGUACAAAUGCAAUGUAUGCGACAAGAGCUUCGAUCGCAGGUAUACAUUAUCGAGGCACAUGAAGAGGGACCAUCUUGAAGAACGGGACUAUCAGUGUGAAAUGUGUUCUUAUACAUGUUUUACGAAUAACGAGUUAAGAGUACACAUGAUCAAACACAACGGGGCAAGGAUUUUCGAGUGUGCUGUGUGUAAAAAAUCGUAUGCGCGGAAGAAGACUUUAAAAGAACACAUGAGAAUACAUAAUAAUGACAGGAGGUUCGCGUGUGCCGUUUGUGGGCAGGCGUUUGUGCAGAAAUGUAGCCUAAAAGGUCAUAUUAAGACGCACCAUGUUGAGUUUAGUAUGCAAUAAUCAUCAUGCAGGGGAGUUAAAAGGCCACAUCGAAGCAAUUCAUCUAAGAAAGCAAUAUUGCAAUUUGACAUUUGCGCAUAUAAAAGUAAGUUCACGUUGUUCCCACUUUGGCAUCGUAAUGUUACGGAAGUGCGUUUCGGGAUUGGAAGAAAACUCUCCGAGUCCAAGAAACUAAUUUAUUCACUAUACACACGGUACAGCUUCCGCAUAGGGCUUCGUGGUAUAACUCCGUCACCGUCACUUCUCUUUUGUUUGUUUAGAGAUCAUCGUAAGUUGAGCAUCAAUUGUUGUCGAAUAGAGACGUGACGCGCAACAGAAUCAGAAUCAUUCAUUCAACGUAAUUAUCAUGGAUAAACUUGUUGAAGGUCAAUGUAACAUUUUUGAAUUUACGUCAUUUCGUAAGGUGUUAUGGCUGAGGAGAAGAAAUGACAAGAAACUGCAACAGCAACACAUCUUUUAAAUCAAUGAGGGUACAUUACAAGUUAUUUAAUAACUAGAGGAACACAUUCAAUACCAGACAUUUUUAUCAUUUAGGUAAUCAUUAAUCUUAUAAUAGGCUUUUUUACAUAAAGUAAGCUUCACGUGAGCUUUAAAUUCGUUCUCUGACAAAUUUAAAAUAUUAUCUGGUAUUUUAUUGUAAAAACGUAUACAUAACCCCAAAAAAGAUGAAUUUAAUUUACUUAAUCUAGAAUUUUGAACAACAAUUUUAUUUUUAUUCCUUGUAUCAACACUAGUUCCUCACAUUGUCGACAGCAGACGUGUAUUAGAUGCGUAGACAGACAACGUUGUUAAACAAAAGUUCCGCGCUAACUUUCAACAUGUUGCGCGCCAAAUGUUGCCAAGUGGAAACGCGGCUUAAGUUUAAGUGGUAGAAUUUAUAAAAUACCUAAUAUAAUAAGACUUUAUAUUAAAGUUGAUAAAAGAACCGUCAUUACGUAGUGAUUACAUGAACCUUAUUGGCCUCUGGUGGCCUAAAAAUUCCUGAUAAUGAGACACCAGGGCUGGCGAGGCCAUUGACCUUAUAACCCACACGAAGGUCUGCGAGCUUAACACCGUAAGCACGCGACUCUUUCUCGCCGCGACAGAGAUCAUCUAUCUCUCUCUGUGCAGUACUGUGAGAGAGUGACGUAUGUCGAGGCGAGAAAGAGUCGCGCGCUUACGGUGCUAAGCCUGCAGGUGACGUUAUAAUAAAUUGUUUUCAACUUGCCUAAAUGUUAUCGGAAAGCAAUAAUUAUAUAGUGCUAUUAUCAUUCAGUAUUCUCAGAAUCAUUAAUUACAUUACCUACGUGUAAUCUAGCUAUGUUACCUGUACAAUAAUAAAAAAUAUUUUUAUAAUUGG